AUGUCGUUCAAGAAGGAUGAAGAGGUCGGGGCUACCGGCUUCUACCAGGACAAGACCUCGGUCAUUCAAGAAGCUCGUGUCUUCAACGAAACACCCAUCAGCCCUCGCAAAUGCCGCAUCCUUCUCACCAAGGUCAUCUACCUCCUGUACAUGGGCGAGACCUUCAGCCGACAGGAGGCCACCACCCUCUUCUUUGGCGCUACCAAGCUCUUCCAGCACAAGGACCCUGCACUGCGUCAGAUGGUCUACCUUGCCAUCAAGGAGCUUUGCCCCUUCUCCGAUGAUGUCAUCAUGGUCACCGCCUCCAUCAUGAAGGACAUGCAGCCAAACGUCGAAGUCAUCUAUCGUCCCAACGCCAUUCGUGGUCUCAGCCGCGUCGUCGACCCGUCUAUGGUCCAAGGCCUCGAGCGUUUCUUCAAAUCUGCCAUCGUUGACAAAAACACCUCUAUCAGCUCUGCCGCCCUCGUCUCGGCCUACCAGCUUCAGAUCGCCGCCAGAGAUGUCGUGCGCAGGUGGGGCAACGAAGCGCAGGAGGCCAUCAACUCCAAGGGUUCCUCUGGCGCAGGCUUCUCUAGCGGCUUUGCAGGUGCGGGCAGCUAUCUUGGCUUCGGCUCUUCCCAGUCACAAGCGCAGAGCGCCUAUCAGGCUGUCGCCAGCAGUAGCUACAUCACUCAGUACCACGCCCUUGGUCUCCUUUACCUCAUUCGUCAGGGCGACCGAAUGGCCAUCACCAAGCUUGUACAGCAGCUCGGCGGAGGUCGCGGAGGCGCUUCGAGCGGCCAAGGUAGCGUCCUCCGCAGCCCUUACGCUAUCUGCAUGCUCGUCCGAUACGCUGCCAAGGUGGCUGAGGAGGACCUCAACCUCCGCGCACCCAUGAUGGAGCUCCUCGAGGGCUGGCUGCGUCACAAGAGCGACAUGGUUAACUACGAGGCUGCCCGUGUCAUUUGCGAGAUGAAGAACGUCUCGACCCAGGACCUCUACCGACCCAUCGCUGUGCUUCAGCUCUUCCUCUCUUCGCCCAAGUCGACGCUCAAGUUUGCUGCCAUUCGAACGCUCGCCAAGCUGGCUCAGACACAGCCCGCUGCUGUGCAGACAUGCAACGUCGACAUGGAGAACCUCAUCACCGACACCAACAGGAGCAUCGCCACCUACGCUAUUACCACGCUGCUCAAGACCGGCAACGAAGCGUCGGUUGACCGUCUCAUGAAGCAGAUCACUGGCUUCAUGUCCGAGAUCAGCGACGAGUUCAAGGUGAUCGUCGUCGACGCUAUUCGCAGCCUCUGCCUCAAGUUCCCUUCCAAGCAGACUGUCAUGCUUAGCUUCCUCGCUGGCGUUCUGCGCGACGAGGGCGGUUUCGAAUACAAGCGCGCUGUCGUCGAAGCCAUCUUUGACAUGAUCAAAUUCAUUGGCGAGUGCAAGGAGACCGCACUCGCCCACCUCUGCGAGUUCAUCGAGGACUGCGAAUUCACCAAGCUCAGCGUGCGAAUUCUCCACCUACUUGGUGUCGAAGGUCCCAAGAUGCCCCAGCCUCACAAGUACAUCCGUUACAUUUACAACCGUGUCAUUCUCGAAAACGCCAUCGUUCGUGCUGCCGCUGUCAGCUCGCUUGCCAAGUUCGGCAUUGCGGACAAGGCGCUGAACGCGCGCAUCAAGGUGCUCCUCGAGAGAUGCCUCGACGACGUGGAUGACGAGGUGCGCGACCGUGCUGCCAUGUACCUGCGUGUGCUGCGCGAGUCGAGGUUGGCGGCCAAGGUGGUCAACGACGAGUCGAGCUACAAGCUCACGGCGCUCGAGUCGGCGCUUCAGUCGUACGUCUCAGAUCCCUCCUCGUCCACGAGCGGCUUUGACAUUACCAAGAUUCCACGUGUCACGCGCGAAGAGGCACGUCAGGAGGCACUGCGCGCUAAAAGCGAAGCCACCGCCAGCGUCGCCAUGGCAGCCGACAGCUCGCAGAGCGUGCACAAUGCUUCCAACAACGGCGCUUCCACGUCCAAGACGGCUUCCUCGGCCGACUCCGAGACGCUGUACGCCAAGCAGCUCGCCGAGGUGCCGCAGUUUGCCGACUACGGACCUGUGCUAAAGAGCUCCUCAAAGCCGGUCGAGCUCACCGAGUCAGAGACCGAGUACGUCGUCAGUGCGGUUAAGCACAUCUUUGCCGAACACGUCGUCAUCCAGUACAACGUCACAAACACUUUGCCAGAUACUGUGCUCGAAAACAUUGCCGUGGUCGUCGGAGGCGCUGCGGAGGCGGGUCUCCGGGAAGACUUUAUCGUCACAGUGCCAGCGCUGUCGGCACAGAGUCCGAGUGGAGCGGUCUACGUCUCGUUCACACGCGAAGGCGGCGCGACCGACUAUGCACAGGGCACGUUCUCCAACACGCUGCGCUUCGUGUCGAAGGAAGUGGAUCCAUCGUCGGGCGAGCCCGAGGAAGAGGGUUACGACGACGAGUAUCAGACCGAAGAGCUCGAGCUCGGUGUGGCCGACUACAUCAAGCCGGUCUACGCCAACUUUGGCGAGGAGUGGGACAAGCUCGCUUCGGCACCUACUGCCACCGAGACGUUUGCACUCACCGCGCUCGAUGGACUCAAGACGGCCUGCGAUACGCUGAUCGAGCUGUUAGGCAUGAUGCCGCUGGGUGGUACGGAAUCGCCCUCGUCCACGUCGGUGCAUACGUUGAAUCUGUCCGGUGCCGUGGCGUCUCCAGGCAAGCCGGUCAAGGCUUUGACAAGGUGCAGGAUGACGUUUGCUGCUGGACAGGGCGUGACCAUGGAGUUGUCGGUACGAGCCGAGUCCGACGCCGCCUGCCAACUUGUCAUGAGCGCCAUUGCCUAA